AUGAUGAUGGAUCCUAUUGCCGAUCCAUUUCUUAGCUUAUACAAUGAUGGACAAAUUCCAUCAAUACCAGAUAGUUUAUUGUUUUCUAAUGAUGAUAACCUUGGGGGCAUUGAUCUUGAUUUACCAUUCCCAAGUCCAAAUAAAUUUGAACAAGAAACUAUAUCAAAUAUGGCGGAUAAUCCUGAAUUUGAAACUGAAUUAAAAAAUUUCCUAGCUAAUUUUCCAUCACCAGACUCAUCAUCAUCAUCAAAUGAUUAUUCAACAAUUGAUCUCUUAGAAGGUUUUCCAUUUUCACCAGUUCAAAAUGAUUCGGAUAUAGAAAAAAAUGAACCAACAUUAUUACCACCACCACCUCCACCACCUAAAAAAUUACCGGUUAUUAUAAAUACAACUAAAAUUACUAAUCAACAUUUACCAAAAGUCGUGCAAUUAACCAAAGGUAAUGUUGUUUAUAUUCAAGCACCUAAUAAUUCAAAUAAAUCUCAAACAAAUUUUAUUCAAUUAACCAAUUGUUUACCAACAAUAUUAAUUAAUACAUUACCAACACCAACACCAACACCAACAAUAAAUGAAGAAACAAUUGCAACAACAACAACAGCAUCAAUUGAAGAUUUACCUAUGGAUGACAGUGAAUAUAAUGAUAUUGACCAUCUACCAAUGACUCCAUCAACAUCAAGUGAAUCACCUGAUGAACGAACAACAACAUCGCCGGAUAUAAUUCAUGAUAAUAAUUAUACUAAAACUCGUUUACAUCGUCAUCAACCUUAUAGUUUAAAUAAAAAUUCAUCAACAAUGUUAACAAAUCUCGAAAAAUUACCAACAUCUGGUCCAUUGUUAUUAACAGAUGAAGAAUUAAAAUUAAUAAAACAAGAAGGUUAUCAAAUACCAACAAAAUUACCAUUAAAUAAAACUGAAGAAAAAAUCUUAAAAAAAAUUCGAAGAAAAAUUAAAAAUAAAAUUUCAGCUCAAGAAAGUCGUCGCAAGAAAAAAGAAUAUGUUGAUACACUCGAACGACAAAUCGCCAAAUAUAUUGAUGAAAAUGGUGCACUUAAAGAACGUGUAUCAACAAUGGAAAAAAAUCAAAGAUCACUAAUGCAAGAACUUCAAUCACUUCGAUCAAUGAUCGGCAAAGGAACACCAACAACAGGCAAAGUUUUAAUGGUUUUAUGUUUAUUUUUUGCUGUUCUAUUUGGUAUAUGGUCACCUAUAGUUAAUAAACAAUCAGUCGAUGAUUUUAUGCGUUCAUCAAAUGAUGGAUCAUCUUCACAACAAAAAUCAGUAACAUCAUCAUCAUCAAAUAAUCCUGAUUCAUCUAAUAAUAUACGUUCAACAACGUCAGCAAAAUCCCUACUGGAUCAACAAGAUUUAAUUAAACAAGAACCAUCAUAUUCAAAUUAUAUUCCAAAUAAUUAUAAAUCACGUGUACUUCUAUCAUUUGAUGAACAUGAACAACAUUAUCAUGGACCUUAUUUACCAGCAAAUAAUAAACAUAAAUUACUAUCAUCUCAACAAAAAAUGGCUGCACCAGGAUAUACUUAUUCAAAUUCAGUUGAAAAAUAUAUGAAUAAAAAAUUUAAAUUAAUACAAGAAGAACAAGACGAGAAAAAAAAUAAUUUAAUACAACGAGUGUCAUCAGGUUGUUUGAAACGACCAUUAAAUGUUGAAUGUCCUCCAUCAAUAAUACUUUCAAGUGAUUCAACAUAUAAAACAAUUCGACCGAAUCAUACAUCUAAUUAUCGUAUUAAUGAAAAAGUUAUUGUCAUUGACAAUUCAAAUGAAAAAAUUGAUCAUGACUCAUUAGCAAUUGAAAGUAAACCAUUAAAAAUAAUUCGUGUUGAACGUACAACACCUGCAAUUGGUAAUGAUACAUUAAAAUUAUCACAUCGCACAGUAAAUGAAUAA